UGUGUGUGUGUGCGUGAACUGGAAACACAUGCCGAAGCCUCGCUGGAUCUCAUGCAGAUCUUCCAGAGGAGAUCGAGUCCCAGAGAAUAGCAGAGGAGCAUGGCACCUCCUCCUCUGCUCCUGCUCGGACUGCUGCUGUGCUCCUGCUCCUCUGCGCUCCGUGCAGCAGGCUGCAGUGAGCAGGUGGAGGUCCACACCGAGCGGAGGGGGGUCAUCUACAGCCCCUCCUGGCCCCUCAACUACCCCGCCGGGGUCAACUGCAGCUGGCACAUCCAGGGGGGUCAGGGGGAGGUCAUCACCAUCAGCUUCCGGGACUUUGACGUGGGGCAGUCGGGCAGCUGUGGGGCAGACUGGCUCCUGCUGAUGCCCUCGUGGAGCGGAGAGUCCCGGCUGUGUGGCUCCGUGCUGCCUCCACCCUUCAUCUCCACCAGGGGGCGCGUGUGGCUCUACUUCCACUCCCAGGCCAACAGCUCGGGCCAGGCUCAGGGCUUCCGCCUGUCCUACAUCCGAGGUCACCUGGGUCAGAGCAGCUGCCAGUCGGACGAGUUCCUGUGUGGGAACGGGAAGUGUCUCCCUCGCUUCUGGAAGUGUAACGGUCAGGACGAAUGCGGCGACGCCACGGACGAGCGCGGCUGCUCGCCGCCUCCCACAGAGGCCCAGGCGGGCCCGUGCUCGUCCGGCGCGCUGCCGUGCACCGAGGCUCAGUCCACCCGCUGCCUGCCCGCCGCCCUGCGCUGCGACGGCACCCGGGACUGCCACGACGGCUCGGACGAGCUGGGCUGCCCCGACACCACUUGUGGGAAACGCCUGCAGAACUUCUACGGCUCGUUCGCCUCCCCGGACUUCUUCCGGGUCAACCGGAGCGUCCUGACGGAGCUCAGGUGCUCCUGGCUGCUGGACACGCAGGACCCCAAGCCCAUCGUGCUGCAGCUGGACCUGCAGCUGGGACCCGGAGACUCCCUGCACGUGUACGACGGUCUGAUCCAGCACGCCGAGCUCCUGCUCCAGGUCCUGUCCCACCACAACAACCGGCGGCCGGCCUUACUGGAGUCCAGCCGGGGACAGAUGAGCGUCCUGUAUGUGGCCAAGCCUCGCAGCCCAGGACAUGGCUUCAACGCCACCUAUCAGGUCAAAGGUUACUGUUUUCCUGGCGAGCGUCCCUGUGGAAGCGACCAGGGCUGCUACUCCGAGCGCCAGCGCUGCGACGGUUACUGGCACUGCUCGUCCGGGCGUGACGAGGAGGCCUGCCCGGUGUGCCCAGAGGGAGAGUUCCCCUGCGAGGGGGGCACCGGGGUGUGCUACCCGCCCUCGGAGCGAUGCAACAACCAGAAGAGGUGUCCGGACGGGUCGGACGAGAAGAACUGCUUCGACUGCCAGCCCGGGAACUUCCACUGCGGGACCAACCUGUGCAUCUUCGAGACGUGGCGGUGUGACGGCCAGGAGGACUGCCUGGACGGGAGUGACGAGCGGGACUGCCUGGCCGCCGUGCCCCGGAAGGUCAUCACCGCCGCCCUGAUCGGCAGCCUGGUGUGCAGCCUCCUGCUGGUCAUCGCCCUCGGCUGUGCGCUGAAGCUGCACUCGCUCCGGACCAGAGAGUACAGAGCCUUCGAGACUCAGAUGACUCGUAUGGAGGCGGAGUUUGUUCAGAGGGAGGCUCCGCCCUCCUACGGCCAGUUAAUAGCUCAGGGUCUCAUCCCCCCAGUGGAGGAUUUCCCAGUGUACAACCCCACCCAGGCCUCCAUGUUGCAGAGCCUUCGGCUGGCAAUGCGCAGACAGAUGCGGCGCCACUCCACCCGCCGCUCCUCCUCCUCCUCCUCUUCCUCCUCCUCUUCUUCCCGACGACGUCUCGGUCAUCUGUGGAGCCGCCUGUUCCAGAGCGGAGGACGGGUCAGAGGCCACGCCCCACUGCUGGACCCCCCCGGGCCCACACAGGUCACACUGGGUCUGCACAGCUAUAGAACUGUGGAGGAGCAGGGGCCCCCGGCCAGGCCUGGACCUGGGGGGGGUGGGGGUCCCUGUAGGUCCAUGGAGGAUCUGCCCCCCUUCAGCCCGGAGAGCCCUGCUUCCCCUCUGUCCUUCCACUCAGCGGACAGUCCUGAGGAGGACGAGCUUUCACCAGUGUCUAACUCAGGAACCCCCACACCUUAUCAGAGGGACUCUUCCCCCCGCAGUGGACUUCCUGUCUCCGCCCUUGAAGUCCCCAUACCUCCAUGCCCCCCCCGCGCAUCCAGGAAGCUCAUUCUGGAGCUUGCCGUCAACCUGAAGGGUGUAACUCUAAGACGCUACUCACCUCUGGGGCCUUUGUCCCCCAUCUCACCCUCUACCAACUCCCAGACUCCGUUAGGAUGUCCCUGCUCACAGGACACAGAGAAGACGUCCCCUCUGGGACCCUCAUCUUCUACUCUGAGAGCAGAGGGGACGUCCCCUCUCGGACCCUCGUCCUCUGCUCUGAGAGCAGAGGGGACGUCCAGUCUCGGACCCUCGUCCUCUACUCUGAGAACAGAGGGGACGUCCCCUCUCGGACCCUCGUCCUCUGCUCUGAGAGCAGAGGGGACGUCCCCUCUCGGACCCUCGUCCUCUACUCUGAGAGCAGAGGGGACGUCCCCUCUCGGACCCUCGCCUUCAGCAUAG